AUGCCAGGCCCCGAUCCCAGGCUUCCCGGAAUGUAUACUACAGUUAGGGGCAUCAGCCGCGACACAAUUAAGGAGAUCGAGACGGAGGAAUGUGAGGUUCUGGGAAGGUGCCUGCAAGUAGUACAAGUUGUGGGGCUCAAGGUCACCCCUGCUGGAGUUGGAGCUGCCUUGGGAGAGGCGCGGGGGCUUCCUGUCGAGGGUGGUGCUGAUGUUGGUGGAGUGUCUAGAUGUGGUCCGGGAUGGCAAGUGGCUGAGUUGCUGAGUGGUGUGCGGGGCUGCGGCUCGGGUGACGCAACACAACACAACACAACAGCACACAGGUGGACGCGGCGCGGCAGUCGUGGCUCACUAAAGGUUCGGCUGUCUCGCCAGUACCGCGUAACGGGCAUCCCCUGCCUGGUGCUCAUCGACAGCCGCAGCGGGCAGGUCAUCACAAGGGCGGGGCGGGAGAAGGUGACCGGCGACCCUGAAGGACACCACUUCCCCUGGCGGCCGCGACCCGUGGGUGACAUCCUGGCUGCCUCCCGCCUGGUGGAUCCUCAGGGUCAAGAGGUUGUCUACGACGCCAUCAAGAGUGCCUACAAGGGCCUCUACUUCUCCGCCCACUGGUGUCCGCCCUGCAAAGCCUUCACGCCUCAGCUGGUGGCCGCUUACGAGAAGAUGAAGAAGAAGGAGGAGAAUUUUCACAUGAUCUUCAUCAGCUCGGACAGGAGCGAGGAGUCGUGGAGGACGUACCACAACACCAUGCCGUGGCCCAGCCUGGCGUGGGAAGAAAAGGAGGCGCGGAAUGAGCUCGCCAGCAGCCUAGAGGUGAACGGCAUCCCCACCCUGGUGGUGCUGGACCCCGACAACUCCGUCAUCACCACUGACGGCCGCUCACAGUUUUCUGACGACUCCACGUUGGAGAGGUUCCCGUGGCGGCCGCAGAGCGUGGAGGUGUUGGGAGAGCGACACACGGGCAAGCUGCAUGAGAGUCCCUGUCUCGUCCUCUUCACAGACGGGGAUGCGACAGAGCUGCAGUUCGGGAGGGACGUGCUGUUACCUGUGGCUGAGGAGUACCUGCUGGAGCACUCACACCAGGGAGGCCUCACGCUGCAUUUCUUUGUCGCUGGGGAGGACGAGGUGGCAGACAGUGUGAGGGAUUACGCGUGUCUGGAGGACGUGGUGCCCCUGGUGGCCAUCCUGGACCUGGCCGAGGGUUCUAAGUUCUUGCUUGAAGAUGGUGUUGAGGUAUCCACCGCCACCGUCCACAACUUCGUCACCAGAUACACAAAUGACAAGCUCAAGCCUCUGCCAAUCAGGCCAGGCGCCGCUGAGGCCACCGGCGCCAGCUAACACCACCCACUGCCUUAUGGAACAAUAUAAGGCAAAAGGAAGGGGUCUUCUUUCAGAGCGAAACUUGGAUUUUGACUUUGUUGUUACAUUAAUAUUGUACUUGCAUAUAGGGUCUGUGUCACGGAUAAAUGCAGGAUGCGUGUUGUAGUACGUACUUAGCUAUGUUUGUGAUUAUCAGACUGCAUCAUAGAGAUUUGUGUUGACUUUGAUAUGAAUAUAACUAAGAAUUAUUAUUGUAAGAAAAAGCUUAUUGUUUUCAUGGUUGUUUCACUCUUUUUAAUUCUAUUCUAUGUGUUUAAUGCUAAAGUUAUCAUCUUGUCUGUCUGUGGCGCUCAAAACGCAAAGCAGAUUCCAAGAGCUAAUAGAGAAAAGUAUGAUAUCUAUAGAUGAAAAAGGCAUAUUACAUAACAGAGGAUGGCUCAAGGCUCGUGGACGGGCUGGAGGUAGAGGGUGGUGCUUGCCAUCGUAUCUAGGCCUCUCGAGAGGCUGUGGUCAUAUUCAAAAACGCUUUGCUCUCCUGCUUUGCUGAUCCUGUGUAAUCCAGAUGAUCCUCCUAACUUUUUCACCUCACUGAAAUAACGAGAAUGAAAAAAAAAGUAAAUAAAUAAGCAAGAUUUGGUGAAACCCAUCACAUAUUUCAUUGUCGAGCUUUGUAAGAGAAUAAGGGAUUCAUUGUGCUGCCUGAAAAAUCCACCAGGCUAUAGAUCACUCGUAGUUUAGCAUAGAAAUGACACACUAUUCUAAAUGGUAUGGUUAUGCCGGUGCAGUAUGCCGUGGUCGCCAUAAUUUAUCUUACAAUCAGGUUGACGGAUUGUGCAUUUAGAGACACACCUAAAAAUAAUCACGGCGGUGCAUCUUUAUUAUCACGCGUUGGGAGCGAGCAGCCAUGAUUAUUAUAUUAAAGGAAGGAAGCAGUGAAAUCCCUAUCCAGGAGCGAAUGUGCGCGUGGUCUCUGUCCGUGCGCGAUUGAUAUUAACGACUACACAUCCUUGGGGGGCUUGAUGGUGGACUAGAAAUAAGGGGCCCCACUGCAGAGGCUAUAUCCCGAAACAUCUGAUCUGAACCUUCUCCGUGUUCAAGUGGUGACGCAAAAAUACGGGCAGGACGGUGCCAAUGUCCAUAUACCCAGGUCGACCUACACACAUAAGAAAUUUCGUUCACCUCCGCACAUCACGGGCACGUCACGCGGAGGGACAGGCUCUGGGUGACAGUGCAGCUUAGUUACUUCUACAUCAGUGAGUCAAUGAGUGGAAACAGGUAGAUAUGUUUCAUACAGGGACUGCUACGUGUAGGCCUGAUGGCUUCUUGCAGCUUCUCUUAUUUUCUUAGGUUCUUAUGUUUUUAUGAGUUAUGGGGCAGAGCGGUGGACACAUCUAACGUCCGCAUUGACCCCGCAGUUUUGCGAGAUUUUCCCCUUCCACAUCAACAAAAGUGCAUGUUUGUCGGGCAAUGCAACGCAGGAAACGAAAUUAACUUUUCUACAGAUUCCCUACAAAUGCAGUGACGCAGAAAUUAUGGAUUCAGUUUUGUAACCGCAAACAAGUUAUAAAUCCCAACGCAGCAAGAGUGUGCAGUUUGCACUUCUCAGAGGACGACUAUAAAAGGAACCUAAAGUAUGCUUCACUUUUUUUUACCAAUAUAUUUUGUGGUAGGUAUAGACAGAUACACAUACUUUUAAGGCCUACAUAGGAGAGAGGUUAGUCUCCCCUAAAUGUCAUUUAGAGAACGCAUUGGGCCAGCAAAAGAAAACGAGCGGGAGUAGCUGCAGGGGUGAAGGAAGGAACUCCCUCUACGUCAUCCGGAGGGACUCGAAGCUCCACCCACCGGCUGCAAGAGUGCUCGUGAGUUGACCUCAGACCGGAGUAUUUUUAUGGAUAUUGGGUGGGGCAGGGCAUGGCGUCUUGCACAGGAUGAAAGGCUGGUGUGGACGGGAGAUCCGCUCUACGCCAGGCAGACACAACAGGCCGUGAAAAUGUUACAAAGGUAGUGAAGUGUUUAGCCUGCGUCCCGAGGUGAGGUGUUGAGGUUGCAUAGCCCGCCAUAACACCCGUGGAUAUUGUUUCGGUAGGUAGCAUCCUCCAUGUAAUAAUGUAGAUUUUUUUUGCGACAAGUAAUAUUUUCUCCAUCUAUAUGAUGUUUUCCUUUUUAAUUAAUCGUGUAAAUGUACUCAUUGCAAGUAUUGUGAUAGCUGAACAGAAAAUUUACUCACUCCUUAAUUUCAAGAAGAAAUUAUUAUUCUGUUAAAUUCCGACGUGAUCUUAAUUAAUACGAAGCUAAUCCCAAGAUAACCAUUUCUCGGCAGUCACUUGCUUUAUCAAGGUAAUAGUAGACUUGACCCGCGAUCGCGGGGCCUCCCACGGAGCCCUCUAACUGCCACAUAUGAACUGCCUAACGAACAGUUAUAAGAAUAUACCUUAUAUAAGAUUGAUUUAAACCUGAUUUAACUUAACAGUCUUUUCUAUCUAUCUCCCUUUAAUUCGAUAAAUACGGUUAACUAUUUUUGUCGACCAAACUCAACUAUCAAAAUACUAUCGUGGGAAUGACAAAAUCUUCACUAUGGCAAAGGUAAGGAUUUAUUGUCUGAAGGAUGCCGGUCAUUGAAAUAGUAUUUAGUGGUUCACGAAGGUAGAUUUUCAGAUUUCAAUAUCUCACUUCAGCGGACGAUUUUCUUUGUUUUUAGUAAGUAGCAUCGUAUACUUAACUAUCAUACAUGUAUGUGAAUACCUUAGUAUUCUUAUUUAACCUACGUAUUUAAUUCGCCAAACUGGUUCAUAGAAGAAAAAAGUUUAGCAAUGAAGUAUACCUCCACCGGAGUAAAAGCUGUAAUUAUGAAAUGAUUUUGACGGUUCGAAGAGGAUUCAUGAUCACAAAAUAGAGUGAAAAACUUAAGAUGGGAACACUGGAUGUGAUGAUAUUGAAGAGACUUGCUCUUUCUUUCUAUUCAGCGGGAAGAACGUGUUUACAUAGAAUACAUGGCCUUGUACGUGGGGCACACGUGGCCACCAACCAUGCUUGGAAGAAGCGAUUCCUGAGACUGUCAAGUAGGAAGUCUGAAGUGUCGCAGGUGGUGUUGGGCGCUUAGUUGGGUCAUAUCAACCGGUAACGAACCAUUGGUUGGUUGGUUGGCGUUGGUCAAGCUCUUUUCAACUGAAUCGUUAGAGCGCCGUAGACAGACAAGGUAAUACGUAUUUAAAGUCAUUCUACCGGUUAUAAUUAUGUGUUAGACCUUAGCCAUUAUUGUUGUUUUUUUAAGUUUUCGAUGCCACGAAGGAAGUGUUGGCAAGACUGUUUUACAGCUGCUGGUUAGGUCUUGUUGUUCGCCCCAUGAGUCAGCUGGGAUGGACGGAAAGUGAAAAGUGACAAUGAGAGAAUGAGCAUGUUUGUCAAGGUUUAUAGACUCGUGUCUGUUUAUCCUUGGUGUGUGAUACGCAAUACAUACCGCCGCGCCACAAGACCACGCAUGCAACUUUUGGUUCUUAUAAUUUCUUGAGUCUAAGAAUGACGCGCUAUGUUUUGGAAUCCCAGAUACUCAGGUAAGUAGAAAGGAAAAAUUAUCUUUGGGAUUUGUUAUGGAAAAAGUGUGGGUGACGGUAUAUUCAACAAAUGCCAGCAUAUCUUAUCUUGCAUAUUUUUAAGAGCAAGCUUCAUAAGAAAUAUGUAUUAUACUAAGCUUUGCUUUUACCAGUCCAUUGUAUAUUAUCACAAUAUAUUACUUAUUCAAUAGCUUCGUACUUAAUCAUUUUAUCCACGAUGUUGUGGAAGCUACAAUUUAUUACUUCUAAAGACAGACAGUAAGUAGGUAACCCAAAUGAAUGGCUGUGCAGCAAUACCUUGUGAAUAGUACUAAUCAUAAUAAAACACAAAAUGAUAAAUCUUUCCUUUUCUUCUUUCUACCCGUUUUGGAAAGUAAGUGCAAAGUUAAAUUUUCCAAACUUGAAAUUGUGUUUACAUAAAUACUGUAAGAGUCUAAUCUGUAGAGCUUUAAAAAUAAUGCAAGUAUAAAAGUCGCCUGUUUGCUGCUCCAGAAUAUUAUAAAAGUAUCGUUUUGGAACUUAUUGUUAUAAACUUUAAAAAUCCUUGUUUUGGAGUGAGAUCCUUCAUCUGGCCCUUGUUCUAAAUUAUAUAAUACUCUUACUGCAUUUAGAUUAAAGGUGUAUGUAUCUA